AUGAGCGUACCCAAUCUAGUAAGACCUACCCAUACUACUGCGUAUAGCGGUACCACUGGUUAUUCCAAGGGUGAUUAUCAGAAAUGCGGGCCUAAUAAUAUACACAAUAUUAUUUUGGCUUUUGCCGUCUUCGUGAACAACACCGCUUAUCUCAUCUAUAACUACUUGUCCUGGAUUGUUUUGAAACAAUUGGCUCUCAAAUUAGUUGCAAAGGGAUUAAUAAUUAUGCCGGUCAGCAAUAAUUUGGUACUAUAUUGUCUAAUCUCCUUUCUUUCCACAUACCUUUGGGGUACCUUUUUAACCCAGGGCUUUGAAAUCGAUCCAUUCUCAAAUGUGAUCUCGUAUAUGCAGAAACAGAUCGGGAAAGACGAGAUGGUCUACAAGAUUUUAGGAAAUUUAUUAUCUGGUGUACCACUUGGCUAUACACACAAGCUAAUUGGCUACCACCUUGGCCAGACAUUCAAUCCACUUAGGGAUAAAAUUUUUUACGCCAUUUCCGCCGGUUUACUCUCUAUCUACAAAUCUUUUUUCACAAUUUUGUUCUGGUCCUGGUUGCCCGCUUCUCUCAAGCAAUCAUUCAUUUCACUGGCAACAUUAAUCUUACACCCUUCCAAAACGUGCUCCUUCUUCCCUUUCUCAAAGAGUGAAUCCAAGGAUAUCCACCUAUCACUUUCUACAUUGAUUGAUGUGGCGUUAGUUGAAUUUAUUGCCAGUUUUAUAGUGUACUUGGCAAUAACAAUUUCAAUUCAAAAUUCGGAACCCAAACACAUGUGGCAUCUCAUUAACGCGACAAAACGUAUGGUUACCUUUAUAGGAUACUCAAUACUCUCUCCUAUAAGCGACGGCCCUGUUUACAAUGCGUCGGUAAUAAUCGGCAUGGCAAUAGGAUCAACUGAUUUGAGUUAUUUGGUGAUAAAAAUUGUAUCAAACUUACUUGCAGCAGUCGCUUGUGCUAAGGUGUUCAAGCCGCCCAAAUCACUUCAUGAUAAGGCAGCCAAGCCUCACGAAUGGCCCAAAUCGGCCCUCGGCAAUUGUUGCUCAAGGCUCGAGUUGACCAUAGCCAAUAGGAAGGCAAACUAG